AGUUGCAAUCACUUGCCAAACAUAUAUAGUAUAUAUGUAUAUAUGUAUAACUAAGCUAUAUAUUAGCGAUCGUCUGGUUUAAAAGCAAUCCCUGCGCCGUUCUUGACGCAGUUUCCAAAUCGUUCGCGUUUCGAGUGCUUCAAUUUGUGGAGCGAAGCGAGCGCGUUGUUUCCUGUUCUGUGUUGAGCUUGACGUGAGGUAAAAAAAAAGAAAACAGGCGCGCGGAAGUUGUAGAUGUAGUGCAUACGUAACUCAUAAUACCCAGGUGCACAGAGCAGAGCAGACGUGGCACAAAAACGAAAUACAAAUUAAGCUCUUUGCUGUUGUUGUUUUGGUUCUUUGGCUGCUUGCAUCGUGAUUGCAUUGCUCUGGUUACCUCUGGUUAGCCCCUGUUUUUUGCCCGGUUUCCCGGUGGCCCACUCCGCCACCUGACAUAAUUGAAUUUGUGCAGUGUCAAAGGCAAAGGGCGGCACUUUGCGCCCUAGUCAAUUGACCUUGUCCAAGCCUGAACCAUCCGAAUCACCUAUUGAACCACCCAACUUAACCUGCAGGUUGAAGGCAAACCACUAAAACGGCUACAGCGGUGCAACGCAUUCUACAAUUGUUGAUGCAACAGCAGCUAAAACUGCUGCGAAAAUUCCAUCAAGUGACUGCAUUGGCAAAACGUUAAGCAUACGCCCCGUAGCCCCGUCGGACAAGCGAAUUCAAAGUGAAAGUGAGUGAGCGUGCAAGUGUGAGAGUUUAAGAGCGAGAGAGAAAGCGAGAGAGGGAGUCGAAAGUCAAGUGUAAAGCUAAAAGCCAGAGUGCAAGCGUGCUAAUAACCAGCAUAAAACUGGGUAACUUUUGGCUUAUAAUUAGAGAUUACCUCUUCGCCAAAAUGGGUCCACCGAAUAUGACGGCAGCCGUGCACGGCACAGAGCUGCCACCGAAGACCACGGAGCGCAGCGAUGCGCCCCUUGAGCUGACAGGCUAUCGCAAAUGGCUGAGCGAUAAUCUGAUGCUCCUUGUCACGCUCUCCGGCGUCAUGUUGGGCGUCAUUUUGGGCCUCUCGUUGCGUCCGUUGCACUUGCAUGAGGACUCCAUUAUGUUGAUCUCUUAUCCGGGCGAGCUGUUCAUGCGCGUGCUGAAGCUCAUGAUACUGCCAUUGGUUAUCUCCAGCCUGAUUGCCGGCUCGGCUAGUCUCAAUGCUAAGAUGAAUGGCAAAAUCGCGCUGCGCACGCUCGUCUAUUUCGCCACUACCUCGUUGUUCAAUGCGGCGCUGGGCAUUGCUCUUGUACUGCUUAUUCAUCCAGGAAAUCCAGACUUACACAAUGCAGAUGAUCGUGCGUCGGAUAGGCGUGCGGUUAAGUUAUUGGACAGCCUUUUGGAUUUGGGCAGAAACGUAUUCCCGGACAACCUAUUCCAGGCCUCGAUACAGCAGGCGCACACUGUCUACCUGCCCAAGCCAAGCGUUGUACAUAGCUUUAAUGAUACAGCGAACGAUACGACUGUGGGACUAGUAAACGGUGUGGAGGCGCAACGACAAAUUCCAGAGAUGGAGCCGGUGGUGAUGGUGAGGGAUGUGCAAUAUCGCAGCGGCACCAAUACGCUGGGCAUUGUGUUCUUUUGUCUGGUCUUUGGCACCGUCUUGGGCACCAUCGGGCAGAAGGGUCAGGUGGUUGUGGACUUCUUUGCUGCCGUAUUUGAGGUGAUCAUGAAGAUGGUGACGUGCGUCAUGUGGCUAACGCCGGUGGGCAUCAGUUCGGUCAUCGCUGGCAAAAUACUGAGUGUCGAUAAUCUGAGCCUGGUGAUGGCCCAGCUGGUGUGGUUCAUCAUAACGGUGGCUAUCGGUGUGGUCAUCUAUCAGCUGAUUGUGAUGCAGUUCAUCUACUUUGUGUUCGUGCGACGCAACCCCUUCAAGUUCUACAAGGGCCUCAUUGAGGCCAUGCUAACCGCCUUUGCUACCGCAUCAACCGCCGCCGCUCUGCCGCUGACAUUCCGCUGCAUGAGCGAGAAGCUGCGCAUUGAUCCGCGCAUCACACGCUUCGUCCUGCCCAUUGGCUGCAAUAUCAACAUGGACGGCACCGCCCUCUUCAUAGCUGUCGCCUCCAUCUUCAUUGCCCAGAUGAGCGGCAUGGUGCUGGGCUUUGGUGAGCUGUUGACCGUACUGCUGACCUCCACGGCGGCGUCCAUGAGUUCGGCGAGCGUGCCGAGCGCAGCGCUGGUGCUGCUGCUAGUUGUCCUGACCGCCAUCGAUGCACCCGUUCAGGAUGUGACGCUGCUCUUUGCCGUGGAUUGGUUUGUCGAUCGCAUACGCACCACCAACAAUAUGCUAGGGGACUGCUAUGCCGCCGCUGUAGUCGAGGAGCUUUCGCGCAAGGAGCUAAUGGCCUUGGAUGCUGCAGCUGUCAAUUAUCAGGAUCUACCCGCUGGCACGCCUAAUGGCCAUCACGUGGGCCUGCUGGAGGGGCAAACGGAAUUGGAGUCGCCCGGCAAAUGCCAAUUGAAUGAUUCCGUCGUCGUGGACAUGAACGCCGUGAUGAACAAUGUGAAUCUGCAACAGGAGCCAAGCAAUCGACGGGUCUAAGCGACAAACAUGAUAUCUAAGAGAAGCACCAAAAGCACGUAGAUUACCACCAAUAGACCACAGUGUUCCCCCAACAACAACAACAACACCUUUUGAUAAACUCUUUUUUGAUUUUUGAUGAAGCAACUUUUCGAAAAAAAGCUUAAAAAAUAGUUAAACAUUUAUAGAAAUAUCAAUCCAGCUGUUUGUGAGACUGUCCAAAUAGAAUUUUGUCUAUGAGUUAAACCCACCCUGAGAAAAGAAGUAGAA